AUGGCUUUUAAAGAUACUGGAAAAACACCUGUGGAGCCGGAGGUGGCUAUUCACCAAAUUAGAAUGACUUUAGCCAGCCUCAACGUAGAGUCCCUGGAGAAAGUAUGUGCUAACUUAAUCAGAGGUGCAAAGGAAAAGAACCUCAAGGUGAUUCGGAUGCCUACCAAGGCUUUGAGAAUCACUACAAGAAAAACACCUUGUGAAGGUUCUAAGACUUGGGAUCGUUUCCAGAUGAGAAUCCACAAGCGACUCAUUGAUUUGCACAGUCCUUCUGAGAUUGUUGAACAGAUUACUUCCAUCAGUAUCGAACCAGGAGUUGAGGUUGAAGUCACCAUUGCAGAUGCCUAA